AUGGUCACGGUUAUGGUCACGGCCAGGCCUCGCCCCCGUCGUCACCCUACAUGUGCGGUCCUCGCCUUCUUACAUGCUGACAUCAGGCACAGUGACGACAACGACUACGAGCCUAGCGCCGUCCACAAGAUGCGCUCGAAGCGCGACUCUGCCAAGUACAUGCGCGAGAAAGAGUACAUCCACGACCGUACUCUUCUUGAGGUCGUCGACACUCAGCGUUGUGUCCGCUGUGAGCGUAACGGCUGGCGCUGCUUUAUCGAAGUCGAUCUCGAGAGUCCGCGCCGCGUCUGUCGGCCCUGCGGUAAGAACAAGUGUUCGUUCGGGAACUCGGCUACGCGUCCGGCAACCAAGACCCCCCGCUGGACAGACGAGAACAAGCCCAAGGCCCACCGGUUUGAGCCUUACUCCCACUCCCAUGUCCAGCCUCGCGCUCGCGUCACCGAAACUCUUCCCGGUGUGGCCGCGCUCACUUCAUGGGCGCGCCCUCUCACACCUCCGGUCCGCCCUCUCACCCCUCCGACCGAAGCCUCUCCUUCGCGCGAGGGUAGCCUCGAACUCCUGGCUGAGGCGGCCCACCACGCCAACCGCGAGCUCACUCCCUUCCCCACCCAACCUACCAACUCCUCUUAUGGUCUCUCGACCUCUUCGGACCCCUACAGAGAGCCCGCCUUCCCAUUCACUGAGCGGGACCUCCGCGACGAGGGCCACUACUUGGACCUCACAAUGCAGUACGCGCGGUAUGUCCCCGUUGCCAACCGUUUCGACACAGUCGCCAACCUGUUCCAGUGGGUGUCCACGUUGCGGUCGCACUACUAG